CAUACACACACAAUAACAUGUACUUGAAAAAUUGAUUUUUACGCAAACUGAAAGAAAAAGUGAAAAGUUUACUUUAAAGUGUUGAAAAAACAGUGAAAUAAAUUGGAGAAAUUAAUGAUGCUAUUGUUAAUAACAACUUAACAAAUAUGAAUACAACGGACUGUGAGAAAAUUGAAUGUAAACUGGGAAAAGAGUUAAAUUUUCAAGGAAAAUUCGAUGCGAACUUUGAUGAACUAAAUAAAGAUGAGGGACAGUCGGAGGAGACGUCAAUUAGCAAGGUUGACACGUUUAAUACAAGUGAAAAACAAAAUAAAGACCUCGAAAAUCAUAUUGUUAGAGAAGAAUUUGCGUUGCAAUCUUUUAACAGCUGCGAAGAAAAAAUCAAGGAAAAUGUAUUUGGCAGUCUCGCUAACAUCAAUACAGGCACACCAACCGCAACGGACGCCCCCGCAAAUUUAACACAUAUAGAGACGUUAAAAACCACACAACCCACAUGCACAGCUUUAGUGUUUACACCAGCCGAAGAGCAACAACUACCACUACCAUCACAUUUAGAUGCAAUGACGGACAUUGAUGGCGAUGAUGCUCAAGUGGAUUUUGAUGACGGCUUGCAACCGUUAAGUGAACGAUGGUCUCCUUUGGGAGCUAAUUAUGAUGAUGCUGUGACCCCGUCAUCAGAGCUAUUAAGUCCAGAGUCUGAGCUGGAAUUGUUGAGUUCAGAUAGUCAGGAUAAACAUGAUUUCCAUCAGCAUACAGAUGAAGUCGCUGAAAUGGCACGUUUAAAGGGUUUGGAGGAUGAGCAAGAAAUGCUUACUUCAUCCCUAAUGGCACUCACCUCCCAUUUCGCGCAUGUCCAGCUAAGAGUACGACAGAUUGUUGAGGCACCAGCCAACGAACGCGACCAAUUGUUAAGAGAUCUUGAAGAAUUUGCUUUUCAAGGUAUACCAGAGCCUCCUUCAGCCAAAACAACUGCCACGUUCCGAAGUGGUUCAUCUUCGGCUCAUAAUCACAAUGGCGAAGAUAAUACUAGCAGUACGAUCAACGAUCAGCAUCAGUUCGAACUCAUAGAUCAUUUAAAAAACCAACUAACUGAAUUGGAAAAAAUUGCUUAUGAAUCGGGUGCUCCCGUACUGCCUCAACAUAUUCUACUAGAAAAACAGAAAAUCAUUAUUGAUGAAUUGAAGCAAAAACUUAAUUUCAAAGUUGAUGAGAACAAGUUGCCCGAGCUUUCGGCUGAAGAAUUAAAGUCGCAUGUCGAUAACGCCAUCGGUGAAUUUGUUGGCCCUUUGAAGAUGAAAGAACAACUGGUUGCACAAUUAAAAACCCAAAUCACAGAUCUUGAACGUUUCAUUGCCUUCUUGCAGUGUGACACCGACGAGAGUAAAAUGAAAACUCUUAAUGGCAGCGAAAAGUUUUGCGAAGCAUACAAUAGUUAUGCUGCCAAAAAGAAAAAAGAAUCAAAUAAAUCUUUAGCUGAUGUUGCGAAAAUUGCAAGUGGUGAAGAUGUGGAUACAUUUCGUUCAACAUCUGGUCCCAGUUCAGAAGUAGAGUUGAACAAGAAUGCAAAUUCAGGCGAUUCCAUGAGAGUGAGAGAAAGUCUCCAUAGUAAGGCACACGGUUUGAUGGAUAAGGCUUCAUUAUUGAUGCAGAUGUUUGCCACCACACACUUUGGCACCAAACAAGAGCAGUUUCAAAAGAAUACUUUAAAGAAAACCCACAAAGGAAACCACUGGGGUGACUUGCGUGCUCAACUAGAAGUGGACAUACAGGAAGUAGCAUCAUUGGCGGCAACCUUAAGUUUUGAUCGUGAGAAACUUACAAAACUACGCAAAGCUAUGAAAAAGUCAAAAACAUUUGCAGACACUGAAGAAGCUGCAUUGAAAAAUGGCAUUAUAACAACAAUCCCUCCAUCAUGCAGUCGAAAUCGUUCCAAAAUAUCAGCAACAAAUCAACAAAAGCAUCUUAAACCAUAUACUAUUUCUUCCGGUUCGGAUGACGAGGACUUGGAUGCGUACGAUUACUAUGAUUGGCAACAGCAAAACAACAGACGCAUGGUACAAUGUGCCCGAAUUCGUGGUGAUACCAUUAAUACUCUAAGCAAAGAAUUGACAACAGCUGUGCGAAAAAACUUUGCCAUGACUUUGUUAAAACUAAUGCAACAUGGCCUAAGAGUGGAAUCAAUACCCCCUGUAACUUCAAGUCUUAUAGUUCCAUUUAUGCGCUGCCUUAAUCCGUCCCCAGUUUUUGUAGCAGAACACAGUUAUCGUGCUCGCGACUUUGAUGCCUCUUCAUUUAUGUCGUCGGCAGCUUCAUUCGGCUAUGAAGAUACUGAAGGAACAGAUUCAAGUUAUAACUGGACUACCGAUGGCGGUGGAGGAUUCUUUAGCACUGGUAGUACAAGACCAAUGCAUGCGUGGGAAUUGAUAUUGGAGUAUUAUUACCUUAAACAUGGCGAUGAGUACAAUAACACUCCGGCUCGAAAACUUUCGCAAAGUUUCAACUUGGAUAUUGUCAAUUCGCAGAUAGUGACAGCAAAGCAGAAUUUGCUUAGUAUUGUGGGCAGCAUUAUAGCCAUGCAUCGUCCCUAUAAACGAAGUUAUAAUGCACAUUUCAAGGCUUUCGUAUGCGCUGGACUAAAUUGCCAUCAACUAGUGGAAUGGUUGAAUUUAAUAUUUAGUUGCACUGAUCUUAUCGAAAAUUACUACACGAGUUCCAGCUAUGUUGCCUGCACUGGUUUUCGCGAUGCUCUACGUUCUAUUGACACAUUGUCAAAAUAUGAUUUUGAUUUGCCCGUCGAUUUGGCCAUACGACAUUUUCGUAAUCUAUAAAGGAUUUAAAGGACACACUCUACCAUAAACACACCUUAGACUAGA